AUGCCUGUAGGACACUUCCCCCUCUCCGGCAAGAUCGCUGCUGUGACAGGCGGCGGAAGUGGAAUCAAUCUCUCCUUUGUCAGACUCGCCAUCUCCUCUGGCGCACGCGUCCUCAUCGCCGACCUCAAACUCACCACCGAAGCCGCCGAGCUCGUCGAAUCCUCUAAUGGCUCCGCGGCCUUCAUGACCUGCGACGUCUCCAAGUGGAAAGACCUCGAAGCCAUCCCCUCAGAAGUCGAGAAGGCGUUCGGAAAAGGCGCGGUAGCGGAUGUUUGGGUGCCUGGCGCAGGGAUAUUUGAGCCGAAAUGGAGCUCGUUUUUGUAUGACCAGGAGGAUGAGUCCUAUAUGCAGAUGAAGAUCAAUGCCGAGCACCCCAUCAAGUUGACAAGGAUAGCGAUGCGGAGUUUGCUGUGUGCGAAUAAGCCAGGGGUGGUGUGUCUGGUGGCCUCCGGAGCUGGUGUGACUGGAUCGUAUGCUGCUGCGCUUUAUUGCGCGACCAAGCACGCUGUCGUAGGAUUUUGCAAGAGCAUGGCGCAGGCGGACCAAGACGAAUCGAUCAAAGUAGUCUGCAUACUCCCUGGCAUGGUCAGCACGCCCCUUUGGACCGGCGCCGACGCAAAGCACGUCAACAGCCAGUUCUCGUACACCGACGACAUCUGCAUCACUCCCGACGAGGUGGCAGAGGCGAUGAAAGAGCUGGUAGAGGAUCCAAAGUAUAAGGGUGGCGCGCUGCUGGAAACCAAGAAGGGUGCGCUCCGUAAUGAGCUCGAAAGUGCGCAGAGCAUCGUCAUUAUUGACGCAGACCAGAAGAGUCCGGAGAUGCAGGCGUUUACCGACAAGCUGUAUGCUCCCAUCCGAGAGGAGUUUAAAAAGGAGCGCGGGAAGUCGGUCGCCAAUGGUAGUUGA